ACGCUCAAGUCGCCGAGGAAGCCAGCACUGGUGGUCGAGCCAGCACCCGAGUACAUUGAGGAUUGCACGUCGAGCUCGGACAGCGAAGACUUGAACCAAGAGACGCAAUACGUCGACUGGGACGCCGACCACGACGCUGCCGUCUUUCAGAGCCUCCACGGUCUCAUCCAGAAGCGCGCUCUGAAGGCACUGACGCCGCUGCAGAUCCCCACCAAGCCGGCGAGUAGCCGCAUCCACCACGCCAAGGGCAUGGUACGCAAGCGCAGUCCGCGCAAGCCGCACGCGAGCCCGAAAGGCAAGACGUCCAAGGUCUGCCACACGGCCGAGGCCGCCGCAGUCUGCUGCAUCUAA